AUGGUGAAUUUUGGAAAUCUCCAACUCGACGACGAAACAAGAGACAUUAUCAAUCAAACCGGACCAGGAAAUCGGCCACCCCUCACAUUCCAUUGCAUACAUGGAAGUAAUGUGGUUCUUAUGAAAAAUGGUCGAAUGGCAAAACGUCGGGAAAGCUUCUGCAAAGGUCUUGCAUUCUCUAGUCGUCCCAUCGACAUUGACGAGAAUGUGUGCCUUCGUUUGUGUGAAGUUGGAACUAACUGGUCAGGAGUUUUAAGAUUCGGAGUAACGAAUGAGGAUCCAGAACAGUAUAGAGAUACUCCAGUGCCAACAUUCGCUUGUCCGGAUUUGACAACCAAGGAUGGAUACUGGGCAAAGGCGUUGCCAGAAAGAUACUCUAGCGAAGGAAACAUCUUGCACUUUUAUGUCAAUUCACAGGGAGAACUAUUCUAUGGAAUCAACGGGUCGCAGAAGGGAAUGUUCUUGACUGGUAUCAAUGUACGGGCUCCAAUGUGGUUGAUUUUGGAUAUUUAUGGAAAUUCAGUUGGUGUAGAGAUUAUUGAUGCAAGUGAAUUCCGACCACGUCGCAGUGCUCCACCGGUACCACAAAUAUGUCCGAUUCGUCCGGCUCGACCGCCAAGCCUCCACAAUGCUAGAAUCACAACGGUCAACCCUCCACCCCUUGAAUCCACUUCGUCAGCAUCACGUACAAAUGACUCAGAGGAGACUGGACCUGGAGAGCCAGGUGUAUUGUCGGAUAAUAAGCAGGUAAUUAGAACGGAAGAGGGAGGGAAUGACGGAAAAGAGGGGGGAAGAGUACGGCAAUCACGGACGGCAGUGUCCGGCGGAUGCUUGGGAGGUCCAACAGAGGGUCAACUAGCUAUGAUGAUGAUCGCACGCGCGCGUCGAUGCGGAUUUGGUGCUGUUUUGGCGGCAAAAAAAAUGAGCGACAACCGAUUGGAUAUGACUAGUUAUUCGGCCCUUUUUUUCACCACAUUCAUUUCGCUCUCUAUCCAUUUCCUAUAUCCGACACGCAUCCACGAAAAAAAAAGUCUGGAGCUCGGCUGUCAAGUUUCCGAUAACUUUGAAAUGUUUGGAAAAUCAAAAACUGACCUAGAUUGA